AUGUCGUCAAUCACGUUGAAGGAUGUUGACCAACACAAAUUUGUUGCUUCGUUCUCCGCAUUCUUAAAAAAGAGUGGCAAGUUGAAGGCCCCAGAAUGGGUUGACUUGGUAAAAAAUGGUAAAUUCAACGAAUUGGCACCUUACGAUGAGGACUGGUAUUACACCAGAUGUGCUGCCACGUUGAGACACAUUUACUUCAGGUCGCCAGUUGGUGUUGGAUCCCUCACCAAAAUCUUUGGAGCCCGCAAACGUAAUGGAGUGAGACCAUCCCAUUUUUGUCGCAGUUCUUCUGGUAUUGCACGUAAAGUACUACAAUCUUUAGAACAAAUGAAACUCAUUGAGAAGGUUGAAAACAACAAUGGCCGUCGAUUGACCUCUCAGGGUAGGCGAGAUUUAGAUCGUAUUGCUGCUCAAGUGAAACAAGCAAAGAAGAAGAAGCAAGCACUUUUGGCCGCUGAAUCAGCGGGUUUCUCUGUGCUUAUUCCAAAAACUGACUAA